AUGUCGUCUACCCCAGAUUUCAAGAUCUUCACCUCCCUCCGCCACGACCCAGCUCUCCUCACAGUCCCAGAUCGUCCAGAUAUCACCGGCAUCGCCAGCACAAACCAGCUCCACCAACAGACCAGCCACUUCCCAGAAACAACGCUUCUCACUUUCUGGAACCGGGACCACCGCUCUCCUUUCCUCCAUCUGGACCUCCAUCGUGAUCGCCUCCUCCGCGCGGCUGCGCAUUUUGGCUGGACCGCCGCCGUGCAGAAGCUCUCCGGCGAGCCCGGCCUGGCCUUCCUUAUCUCAGGCUUGCCCGAGGAUAUUGCGGCCCAGUUCCAGGAGGACCAUGCCACAGGCAGAGCACGCAAGCUGCGGAUCUGCGUGGACCAAGACGGCUCCAUAACACACGACAUUUCCGACACUCCUCCUCGACCGCUGGAGGGCUUAUUCGCGACUCGGCUGCCCGGAGAUGAGAGCAUGCCCAUCAACAACAAUAACAACGUUCAUAUCAUAGCCCCUAGAGACCCGUCCCCUCUGCAGCCGGGAGUGAGAGUCCUCGUAGACCCCGGCAGAACCCAGCCGUCGGCAUACACGCACUUCAAGACAACCAGCCGCGCACACUAUGACGCCGCCAGGGAGCGCAUGAAGACAUCCUUGCUCGCUGCGACUGCAGCAGAGGUCCUCCUUGUCAACGACGCCGACGGCUCCAUCAUGGAGGGCAGCUUCACGACGCCGUACUUCUGGCGCGACGGGCGCUGGGUCACACCGCCCAUCACGGAGCUGAAAUGGCACAACAGCACCGACCUUGGCUCUCUUCAUGCUGGUGCCGCUCCACAGCACUGGACCGGUGGUCACGACGCAGUUUCAAGGCGCUGGGCACUUGAGAGAGGCCUGGCGGUUGAAGAAGUCAUCCCUGCUGAUUCGCUUGUCGAUGGCGAGGACUGUUGGCUCAGCAAUGGGGUGCGAGGCUUUUUCGCCGGCAAGAUCAUGCUCAGAACAUAG